UCCAAUUGCCCUUCUCCCCCUGACAGGCUGCAGAACACCCAUGUCUUGCUCCAGCUCAGCCCAUAUCCUGAAGUACCAGGGAAAGGAAAUGGCUGUGGCAGAACCAGUGACCUUCGAGGAGGUGGCUGUGUAUUUCUCUGAAGAGGAAUGGGCUCUCUUGGACCCGGGUCAGAGAGCCCUCUACUGGGAUGUGAUGCAGGAGAAUUACGAGGCUGUGAGCUGGCUGGGAUUUCCAGUCUCCAAAGUUCAUGUGAUCUCCUGGGUGGAGCAAGGGGAGGAGCUGCGGAUCCCAGAUCUCCAGGGCUCUGUGAAAUGGGAGAUCAUCAGUGACACCCAGACAGCAGGUGACAGGACACUGAGUGAGAGCAAUGAGGAGAGCCUUCAUCAGGAAGGACUGGAGCAAGUGGCUCCACAUGGGAUGUUCCUGGGAAGAUCUGAAGGCCAUGUUUCUCAAAGUCCUGAGCAGGGAGAGAUCUAUGAGAGUCAGCAUAGUCCAGAAAGGCAGCAGGGAAACCAUGCAGUGGAGGGACAGGGUCAAUCCAGUCAUUGGAGCAGAGGGGUGAAACCAGAAACCAUUCCACAGCAAAUCCCCCAUCAAGAGGGACCCUACACUUGCAGUGACUGCGGAAAAAGUUUCCAAUGUGGACAGUUCUUCAUUUUACACCAGAAAAUCCAUUCAGGUGAGAAACCCUUCAAUUUGUCUGAGAAAAUCUGUGACUGCCCUGACUGUCGGAAAAGUUUACAUUGGUAUUCAGUAACACCUGAUUGGCUGAUAAACCAUAGAGUAGAGAAACCCUUCAACUGCUCUGCCUGUGGAAAAAGCUUCAGUCAGCGCUCAAAUCUUAACAUUCAUUACAGAAUCCACACAGGAGAGAAACCCUUUAUGUGCACUGCCUGUGGGAAAAGCUUUAAUCGGCGCUCAAAUCUUAACAUUCAUCAUAGAAUCCACACAGGAGAGAAGCCCUUUAACUGCUCUGCCUGUGGGAAAAGCUUCAGUCGGCGCUCACAUCUUAUUCAACAUCAGGUACUACAUACAAGUGAGACAGCCUAUAACUGCUCUGUCUGUGGGAAAAGCUUUCAUCGGCGUGCAAGUCUUGUUGAUCAUCAGAGAACCCAUACCGGAGAGAAGCCCUUCAGCUGCUCUGACUGUGGGGAAAGCUUCAUUCGGCGCUCAAGUCUUAAAAUCCAUCGUACAAUCCACACAGGAGAGACACCCUUUAACUGCUCUGACUGUGGGCAAAGGUUCAAUCUUAGAUCAGAUUUUGUUACACAUAGAAGAAGCCACACAGGUGAGAAACCCUUCAGCUGCUCUGACUGCGGGAAAAGGUUCAGUCAGAGGUCAGACCUAGUUAGACAUAGUAGAAUCCACACAGGAGAGAGACCAUUUAAUUGUUCUGAAUGUGGGAAAAGGUUCAAUCUCAGGUCAGACCUUGUUAGACAUUGGAGGAUCCACACAGGAGAAAGGCCCUUCAGCUGCUCUGACUGUGGGAAAAGAUUCAAUCAGAGGUCAGACCUUGUUAGACAUAGUAGAAUCCACGCAGCAGAGAAGCCCUUUAAUUGUUCUGAAUGCGGGAAAAGCUUCCAUCCAAAUGAAAAUCUGAUUAAACCUUAGGAAAACAGAAGAGAAACCCUUCAACUGCUCUGACUGUGGGAAAAGGUUCAGUUGACACUCAAAUCUUGGCAGGCAUCCUACAGUCCACACAGGAGAGAAACUCCGUAACUGCUGUGACUGAGGAAAGAUUCAGUGAGAGCUGAUAUGUUUUUGAACAUCAGAGAACCCACAUGAGUGAGAAGCCUUCUAAUUGUUCUGACUGUGGGUAAAUGUUGAGUUGACGCUCAGACUUUGUUGGACAUAGAAGAACCCACACAACACAGAAACUGCGUAACUGCUCCGAUAUGGGGAAAGUUUGUCAGAGGUCAUACCGUAUGCAACAUAGGAAAAUCCAAAUGGGAGAGAAACCCCUUCAAGUGGUCUGUCUGUGGCAAAACCUUCAGUUAGUUCUCAAAUCGUAACAGGCAUUGUACAAUUAAUACAAGGUGAAAAACCUUUCAACUGCUCUGACUGUGGGAAAAGUUUUCAUGGGCGCUCAAGCUUUAUUGAACAUCAGAGAAUCCCAAAAGAAGAGGGAACCUACAGGUGCAGGGCAGUGCUCACACAUUCUGUCAUAUCCAAAAGCCCACAGGCUGAGACCUUAUGAAUUGUCAAGGUCAGGAAAAGCAUUCGUUGGAGAUCUUAGGCUAGACCACUCUCAUCAGCAUUCCACACUGGCUGGCUUACAUGGCUAUCCUUGUGUUGUGUGGGGAUUUGAGGAGCCCUGAGGUACUUACUGCCCACGCAAGAAUCCACAGAGGGAAGAACCCUUUAAAUGCCCCAGAUUUGGAAAACGUUCUGAGAGAGCUCAGCCCUUAAUAACCCAUAGAGAAUCUACAGGAAAGGGUGCUCUAAAGCCUCCUAGUGCAGCUCAUCCCUCAUGAGAUGUAAGAACAUCCACUGAGUACGCACACCGUAAAAGUGUGCUGGCUGGGGAUGGGGCAAGAGAGUAACAUUUUUCAUUAUUCCUACACAUCUCUGAGGGUAGGGCAUGGCUCCACAGACAUGUAAUGAGGAUGUGCAUCGUUAUUCAACCAGGGUAUGAAAUGUCCUCCAAGAACAGAGCCAUGGACAGUGAGAAGUUGAGAUAAGUUUCCCAUAUUAUAACAGGACUUGAUUAUAACUUGUUGAGAAAUCUGAAUAUUUUCUGUUCAGUCAUUUCAUUUGCAUUUGAUGUUACACACCUAAACCCAUUGAUUUCUCAUUCAUCCCUGACAGCCUUUUUAGGCUGGAAUCCAUCAAAAGACUUAAACUUUAUGACAUUGAGUGUUGCAAAUGCCUAACUCUUGGUUAUCUAGAAUAUUAGAGAAACAGCAGUGGGAUCCACAAAGACUGAGUUAUGUGUCCAACCCCAUUAUAUCAUGACAGAGGAGGAAUAGGUGUCUUAGAAAGCAGUCCCAAAUCCCCGCCCAUCACAUAGGGAGCCAAGUAAGCUAGCCAGUGUGGCAUGCUAACAAGAGGAAUCUGUCUUAAGCCUCGCCCCUUUAAUGCAAAUAGGCAUAUAUCUGUUCUCCCUAUUCAUGAACCACAGAAGUGAAAUUAUCUGCUGACAAUAGGGCCCUGCCUAGUAGAUGUUUUGAGAGACUGCCUGACCUUGCAGUGGGGACUAGGAUGUGGAGUCCCGUUCAAGUCUCCUCCAUGCCUAAAUUUCAAAAUAAGGCAUUAUUCCAACAAAUCCCUUAACCUUUGUGGAACAAGGAUUACAGGGAUGCCUGAAAUAGCAACGUAGUCUAGACAUACCCUAAAAUAAGUUACAAAGAGGAGGGAGAAAAUUUAAUUCUCCUGACCCUCUGAUGAUAGGACAAGAAGCAAUAGGCUUAAAUUGCAGCAAGAGAGAUUUAGGUUGGAUGUUUUAUUUCCUAACUGUCAGGGUGGUUAAACACUGGAAUAAAUUGCAUAGAGAAGUUGUGGAAUCUCCGUUAUUAGAGCUUUUUAAGAGCUGGUUAGACAAACAUUUAUCAGGGAUCAUCUAGAUGGUGCUUGGUCCUGCCGUAAGGGCAGGGGACUGAACUCAAUGACCUCUCGAGGUCCCUUCCAGUUCUAGUGUUCUAUGAUGCUAUGAAAAAAACCUUUUUUUCCAAAUGGUACAAAAGAAGAACGCUAGAAAUGGGAAAAGUAAUACAGCUUUCCAACUGCCGCAGGUUGGGGAAAAUUCUUCACACAAACUGGAAUGGGUGACAGGGUUUGCAUCUGACCCCAUUGUAACAAUAUGGUCACAGUACCCAGCCUGCCCUAACCUGCCGCUGCCUCUUCCUUCCCCUUGGCACAUAGAUCUGUAAAUAGAAGUAAAUAAGUUAAAUCUUGGCAUGGCACUUCUGAAAGGUUUCCAACCCUUGGUAUAGAUGGUAAGUGAGCUCAAGAGCUGACAGUAGAGUUGGCUCUGGAGUGGAAGUGUUAUAAUCACAGGAGCACCUGAGAACCUUUGUGAAUCCCUGAUCCCUUCCUUAGCUCAAUGGAUACACACAGGUGCUGAGAUGGCUCAGAUUGUCAUUGCGAGGCUCUGGCUUGGCUCUGGGCACUGAGCCAGGACAAUGGUGUAUUUGUGACUUUCUUGCUUUGAACCAGGAAGAAUUGGGGAUUCAUUUACCCACCUUUUGUGUGUGUUCUAACCAUUUUCAGCUAGAGACGCAUCUACAUGCUGCUGUUUUUCAGGCUGUAGUGAUCAUAGGACUGAAUGCUAUUUACAGAUUUUGCUUAGCCUAAGAAUGCUGCCUACCUAAGACAAAGUCCGAGAAGGAUUAGUGAUUUGUCUAGAAUUUGUUACGUUGGCACUGAUAUGAACUCGCUCAUCAUACCCAGUCCAUCUAGUUGUGUUCAAUUUCAUGUUUUUGUUCAGAAGUUUUAUGAUCAAAUCAAACUAUAGUUUUAACCAAGUUACUCCAAUGAAUUUAUACUUGGUUAUCUGAGGUAAGGUCCAUGUUCAUGUUACAAACUGGUCAAUGCAAGUUACAGUGACAGAAAGCGGCUGCUGUUAGUAGAACCGUUGUAUGGAUGCAAACUUGGCCACAGUUGUCAGUGCUGCUUCUACUUACCCCCAGAGCAGUUUCACUCUCCUCUCUCUGCCAACAGCAUGGAGCCUGCACAGCUCUGCACCAGUGUCAUGACCGCUCUACACACAGGGUGAAGAACCCUCUGGUAUUUGCAGGCCCCAAGAAGAAUUGCAGCGCAGGGGGCCAGGCCAAUGUUCAAAGCCCCCUGUUUAUUCCGUACCAGCACAUGUCUAGCACAUGUAAUUGGCACAUGCAACACAGGAGCGCUGCUAGGGGUGCUUGCCAAGCUGGGCACCCUGAAAAAAGUAUUUCAAAAAUAUGUGGGGUGGGUAAGUGGUUGUGGGGGGCUUCUGGUCUCCAUGAUCCCUGGGCAGCGGAGUUCACAAUGAUGACUAGAGAGGGGCAGCUGCUGGAGGACUAUUAGCAUUGACAUAGGUCAAACGGUGUCUAUGCUCCUCCUGCAUUGACCACACUAGGUCACCCUGGCUCAAGGAGAUGGUGUUACUAUGUUCCUGUAAUUGGCUGCUUACAUAGCUGGAAGCCCAAUUUCAAUGUAGACUCAUGCAGAAUUAUAGUGAUGCAAGACGGCUGACAUCAAUGUAACUAUGAAAUGAUGGCCAGAGCUAGUUCUUUACGUUUAGCUGUUGAAGUCAAUUGUUAAUGCUUAGAUAAUUCAUUUGAGUUACAACAACCUAUGGAUGUGGUUUGUAUGUCAUGAAAAAUAAAUGAAUAUAAUU